AAUAAAAACGUUGUAGUCUCCAAACACAUACCCAACUAUUUACAGACAUAAGCACAAAUAUAAAUAAACAUGCAAAAUGGCUCCUACAGUUUAUCCAAAAGACGGCCCCGUGGUCAGUGUCACAGCCUUGAUGAUGCCACCCAGCACGUUUAACCCUGGACAUACGGUUCCUGUGGAAGACACAAGCGAUGGCUGCGGGCAUACAAAGCUUGGACCAGAGAGUGGCACCCUGACCUCAGCUAACUACCCAGGCACCUAUCCCCAGGAUGGGUCGUGUUUGUGGAGGCUUCGUGUCCCGCAGGGCCGCACAUUACGCCUCCUCUUUGGGGACUUUGACAUCGAGGGAAGCAUGGACUGCACCAACGGCUCUCUGGUGAUCACCCCGAGCAACGGGUCCCCCAGCAUAGGGCCUCUGUGUGGGAGACUCACUGCUUCGGAGAUGAAAUUGUCGGUUAGCAGCAACAAAGCGUCGGUGAUCUUCAGGUCGGGCCGACACCGCUCUGGUCGGGGCUUCCUGUUGUCCUACACAACAGACCAGAACCCAGAGCUUAUUUCCUGCUCCACGCUUGGAUCACAUUUGUCCUCUGAUCAGUUAGGCGUGUACUGCCCUGCCGGCUGUAAGGACGUUCCUGUUGGGAACGUUAAGGGAAACUCUGAACAAGGCUACAGAGAUACAUCGCUGAUCUGCCUGUCUGCGGUCCAUGGAGGGGUGGUGUCGGACAGCCUGGGGGGUCGCGUCAACCUCACCUGGGGGAGAGGCCUUAGGUUAUACCAGCCCACCUUCGCCAACGGAGUCCUGUCCAAAUUGGGUUCAUUAUCUGAACAUAAACUGCUCUUUAGCAAAGAAUGCAACGGACACUUGAACAUGUCCCUCGUGAACAGCUCCUCUCUGUGGGGGAGAGCCGGGGGUCAGGGGAAGGGUCUAAACCCGGCCGGUCCGUUGGUAACAUGGACAGCAGAACCAGACGACCAGAACCCCUGGGUGGAGCUGGACCUCGGUGAAAAAAGAAAAGUCACUGGUAUAAUAACAACGGGUUCAAGGAGGUUCUACAUAGAGUCCUACUCGCUUCUUUUCCGCGAAGACAGGAAGGACUGGAAGCCUUACAAAGGUGCACUGAGCAAAGAAGAAAAGGUGUUUGAGGCUUAUUCCGACGGUCACCCCAGGGUGCUGAACAGCCUGUUCCCUCCCGUGGUGGCCCGCUUCGUCCAGCUGAAGCCCAUCACCUGGGGGAAAAGAGCCUCAGCAGAGAUCCAGCUGCUGGGGUGUCCUCUCGUCAAGGAUACCGCCAAGACCGUCUCCAACGCGGCAGUUAAUCCAACAGACGCCCCCGUGGUCAGUGUCACAGCCUUGACGACGCCAUCCAGCACGGUUACCACUGGGCAGACGGUUCCUGUGGAAGACACAAUUAAUCCAACAGACGCCCCCGUGGUCAGUGCCACAGCCUUGACGACGCCACCCAGCCCGGUUAACCCUGGACAUACGGUUCUUGUGGAGCACACAACGUUACUUCAUAAUCCAGAUAAUCCAACAGACGCCCCCGUGGUCAGUGCCACAGCCUUGACGACGCCAUCCAGCACGGUUACCACUGGACAUACUGUUCCUGUGGAAGACACAAGCGAUGGCUGCGGGUAUACAAAGCUUGGACCAGAGAGUGGCACCCUGACCUCAGCUAACUACCCAGGCACCUAUCCCCAGGAUGUGUCGUGUACGUGGAGGCUUCGUGUCCCGCAGGGCCGCACAUUGCGCCUCCUCUUGGGGGACUUUGACAUCGAGGGAAGCAUGGACUGCACCAACGGCUCUCUGGUGAUCACCCCGAGCAACGGGUCCCCCAGCAUAGGCCCUCUGUGUGGGAGACUCACUGCUUCGGAGAUGAAAAUGUCGGUUAGCAGCAACGAAGCGUCGGUGAUCUUCAGGUCGGGCCGACACCACUCUGGUCGGGGCUUCCUGUUGUCCUACACAACAGACCAGAACCCAGAGCUUAUUUCCUGCAAAUUGACUGGAACAAGUUUGUCUUCUGAUCGGUUAAGCGUGUACUGCCCUGCCGGCUGUAAGAAUGUUUCUGUUGGGAACGUUACGGGAAACUCUGAACAAGGCUACAGAGAUACAUCGCUGAUCUGCGUGUCUGCGGUCCAUGGAGGGGUGGUGUCGGACAGCCUGGGGGGCCGCGUCAACCUCACCCUGGGGAGAGGCCUUAGGUUCUACGAGUCCACCUUCGCCAACGGAGUCCUGUCCACAACGGGUUCAUUGUCUGAGCAUAAAAUGCUCUUCAGCAAAGAAUGCAACGGACACUUAAACAUGUCCCUCAUGAACAGCUCCUCUCUCUGGGGGAGAGCCGGGGGUCAGGGGAAGGGUCUGAACCCGGCCGGUCCGUUGGUAACAUGGACAGCAGAACCAGACGACCAGAACCCCUGGGUGGAGCUGGACCUCGGUGCUAAAAGAAAAGUCACUGGUAUAAUAACAACGGGUUCAGGGAGGUUCUACAUAGAGUCCUACUCGCUGCUUUUCCUCAAAGACAGGAAGGACUGGAAGCCUUACAAAGGUGCACUGAGCAAAGAAGAAAAGGUGUUUGAGGCUUAUUCCGACGGUCACCCCAGGGUGCUGAACAGCCUGUUCCCUCCCGUGGUGGCCCGCUUCGUCCAGCUGAAGCCCAUCACCUGGGAGAAAAGAGCCUCAGCAGAGAUCCAGCUGCUGGGGUGUCCCGUCGUCAAGGAUACCUCCAAGACCUCCUCCACCGCAGUUAAUCCAACAUACGCCCCCGUGGUCAGUGCCACAGCCUUGACGACGCCAUCCAGCACAGUUACCACUGGACAUACUGUUACUGUGGAACACACAACCUCCGAUCAGGUCGUGGUGGGCGUGUUCUUGGGGCUGGUCCUGUGUGCCAGCUGCCUGUUGGCUGGGUUCUGGUUGAAGAGAAGGAAGAGAAAUGCCCAAAUGAAGAAGUACUCAACCGCUAAAGGUCCAGUUGACCACCAGAGUCUCCAAAGGAAGAGUCCGGGCGGUGAGUCAGAGCUUAUCUCCUACCCUCUGGAGAAUCUUCAGGCUCUUAACCCUGCGGAGAGUAGAGACCAAGACACGUUACCCGGCCCCCCGCCCAACGACUACGCUCAGCCUGCCGCGGGAGGCCAGACUCUCAGCUCCACGUUCCGGCCCGGCCCGAACCCGGGACUCACGGCGGCCUUCAGCUUCAGCCGGAACCACGGCCCCGCGACCCUCCCGGAGUACGCCACGCCCGUCCCCCCCGAGCCGGAGUACGCCACCCCGUUCAGCGAGCAGCUCCCGGAGGCCAGGGACCCGGCCCGGCCCAAGGGAGCCCCGGGACGGGACAACAGACUCAGGACGACUCUUCCCCCUCCCCCCCCACCACCCCCGACCGGCGGGGAGGCCUCCCCCGACCACACCCACUAUGACUGUCCCUCCCACAGGCUGCUGUCCAACGGCUACUGCACCCCGUCCAACCAGGGCGCGGCGCCGCGGCCCAGCAGCGCGGUGUACUCGGAGCCCGAGCAGCCGUACUCCUUACUGCAGGCCCAGCACACGUACGAGGAACUGCUCUGAUGUGGGACCCGCAGAAAGAAGGCCGGGGCCGACGGAACAUUGUUGAUAUGAGGUUGAGUCAGGGGCCGUUUCAGUAUUACUGUAUGUUAGUAUAUAGUAGUAUAUGUUAGUUUACUGAUAUAUACUAUAAUAUAACUAUUGUGUACAUGUUGGUAUGAAGUGUGAGAAGGCAGCACAGCACAGAACCUCCAAAGCCUGGUUUCAUUUAUUAAUGUUUGUUUUUUACUUAAUGAGGGACAUACAAACUGUGAUCUCAGAGCCAUACAGAUAUGAGUAUUUACUAUCAGGUCGUGCAUUCCUGCAUUUUCUUUUUCAAACAUUGAUCGGAAAGAAAGUGCAACCUCAGACAUGUUGUUUAUUGGUAAAAUGUUUGAUCCACAUCGCACUUUUAAAUAACUCGGAAUACAGCACUGUAUAUAAAAAAAAUAUGUAAUAUAAUAAGGGAUAUGAGUAAAAUAUGAAGAAUAAGGACUAUGCCUGAAAUGUGUCACAAUCAUCAAGCAUUUUGUCUUCAAUAUUAAAUUGCCAUACCGUUGUAAAUGAAUAAAGAUUAAUUGGAACUU